CGCCUCACGUGACUCAAGUCCCAGGGUGGCCGCUUUCAGCUCGGACUGAAUUACCUGCGCUCUUUUCGGCUGGCGGGCUGGCGGGCGAUGCUGGUGAUGGUAACUUUUUAUCUCCAGUCAUUUCACCCUCUCCCUGGUUUGGUAACUGAAGCCUUCUGAAAUGAACCAGUGUCAGGCUCCAGUGAGGACUCCAUCCCCAAUUCAGGAAGCACAGAGGUGGAGCAUAAUCCCCCCCGAUUUGUUUAUGUGCGGCUGACUUCUCUCAAGGUGGUGUGCCUGUUUGGGAAAACUUUUGUUUGCAAGACAACGUGAAAGAAAUCCUUAAAGCUCACGGACUGCCGGGUGGAUAUGACAUUCUGGCCCUUGGUUCCCCCAAGAAAACAGCAACUUGCAGAAAGCAAGUCAAACUUGUCAGCAGAAUCCAGGGAUGUUCCUCGAGGCCUGACAACUUAAGAGCAAUCAUGGGAAGGCAUUCAGAGGACCGCAGCAGAGGAUCAGGUCAAGGGAAGCCUAACUCCUAAAGGAAAGAUCGAGAAGAACCAUGCGCCCCACUACCCACCGGGGCUGCUCAGCUGGGCACAGAAGCAGCCAAGGAUAUUUUCAUUCAGAUGCUCACAUAUGACUAAGUUGCCACAUGAGGAUGAUCCGUGGCGAUUUUCCACCUUGAGGCAAAGCAGGACCAUGCGUGUAAAGAGGUUUGCAGCCCCCGGGUUUUCAGCUGGUUUUUCUACCCCAGAGUCUAAUGCGUGCAGGCUGUCAUCAGCACCACAGACAGCACCAGAAGCCAUCAUAACGUCCCAGAAGGUUUUAUUGCUAAAUUAGUGUCAGAGCUCCAGGGAACACAUUCAGAUAUAGUCACACUGAGUCAGAGCUCGAGGGAAGAGCUGUAAGCUGGGAACCAGAGAACCGAUGACAAGGCAGCGGCCUCUUCUGGCAGCUUCCGGAGGAGCCCCCAGUUAAUGGGCCGUCAUCACUUGAGGCAGCAGAACCCCCCAGGUCUGCCUAGCAUUGCUGUCUGCUGGUUCGUGGGCUGCCUUUGUGGAAGCAAGCUCGUCAUUGACUGGCACAACUAUGGCUACUCCAUCAUGGGUCUCGUGCAUGGCCCCAACCACCCCCUCGUUCUGCUGGCCAAGUGGUACGAGAGGUUCUUUGGGCGCCUGUCCCACCUGAACCUGUGUGUUACCAAUGCCAUGCGAGAAGACCUGGUGGAUAACUGGCAUAUCAGGGCUGUGACCGUCUACGACAAGCCCGCAUCUUUCUUUAAAGAGACACCUCUGGACCUGCAGCACCAGCUCUUCAUGAAGCUGGGCAGCACGCACUCUCCGUUCAGGGCCCGCUCAGAACCUGAGGACCCAGCCACGGAGCGGUCGGCCUUCACGGAGCGGAAUGCUGGGAGCGGGCUGGUGACGCAUCUCCGUGAGCGGCCAGCCCUGCUGGUCAGCAGCACGAGCUGGACAGAGGACGAAGACUUCUCCAUCCUGCUGGCAGCUUUAGAAAAGUUUGAACAACUGACUCUUGAUGGACACAACCUUCCUUCUCUCGUCUGUGUGAUAACAGGCAAAGGGCCUCUGAGGGAGUAUUACAGCCGCCUCAUCCACCAGAAGCAAUUCCAGCACAUCCAGGUCUGCACCCCCUGGCUGGAGGCCGAGGACUACCCCCUGCUUCUAGGGUCGGCGGACCUGGGUGUCUGUCUGCACACGUCCUCCAGUGGCCUGGACCUGCCCAUGAAGGUGGUGGACAUGUUCGGGUGCUGUUUGCCUGUGUGUGCUGUGAACUUCAAGUGUUUACAUGAGCUGGUGAAACAUGAAGAAAAUGGCCUGGUCUUUGAGGACUCAGAGGAACUGGCAGCUCAGCUGCAGAUGCUUUUCUCAAACUUUCCUGAUCCUGCGGGCAAGCUAAACCAGUUCCGGAAGAACCUGCGGGAGUCGCAGCAGCUCCGAUGGGAUGAGAGCUGGGUGCAGACUGUGCUCCCUUUGGUUAUGGACACAUAGCUCCUGGGCCAGAGGCUAAAACCCCAGGACCCCUGCUGUCCUUCCCGCAGCUUCUUCUCGGAGUCUCAGGGCAAACCCUUUCGAGCAGCACCUCCCAGUGGCCAGAAGCUGAAAUGACAGCAGUGGUACCGCCUGGUAAAUGAAUUGGUUCUGUGACACGGGAAGCUGUGGUUGGCCUUGAUUUCUUCUCUGGAGGCUCGGAAACGCUUCCUCUCUUCUUCUGUUCUUCACGCCUCAUGCCCCUGCUAGCGUAUUACUGUUCUGUGACUUCCGUGUGACCUCUGCAGAACUCCUCAUCCUGCGUUUGGUCUCCAGGUGUCCCCUUUCUGCCGUGUUCCUAACAUUUUGAUUCCUGUCUUGAAAAAAGCACCUGCUGCACCGUAAGCCCAGGGAUGUGGCAGCUACAGCGGGCUUGGCUUUGUGAGGAACCGAGUGUGUCCACGUUGGGGGAACAUCAUACUUGAUACACACGUUUUUAUUUGCACAAAGAAAAUGCUAUUUUUGGUGCCAGAA